AUGAACCAGAAUGUGGUUUUCGAGCUGUUUGAUCUGCCCCACGAUUACCUGGAGGCGCUAGUGCUGCACCACCUUCCGGAGACCUCGCUAGGCCCCGUUCGCGCCACGUGCCGCCAGCUUAAAGUCCUCGCAGACCGCCGGCUGCCGCGAUUAACCAUACAAUUUAAUACCAUCUUACGCCACAGCUUCUGGCGCACUUCGCCUCUCCCAAACGUCACAACACUGAUAUUAGAAAUGCAAGGAAGCACAUCCGCCCCUGGCGCCACUGGCGCCCCCGAUACAGCGGCCAUCCCAACAGCUCCAUUACUGCAGCCGGCGCCCAUACCCGCGGCUCAGCCCUUUCAUCAGCCUUUCCCGCAACGAUUACAGCAUCCAGUGGCUGCAACAGCCUCCGUCGGGACAGCACCACCACCACCACCACUUCCGCAGCCACUGCCCACGCUGCUGCCGCCGGUUACCUUCGCUGGGCUCCGACGCCACCUGCCGGGCCUCCGCCACCUGACCCUCCGCAACGUACACUUCCCAGAGAGCCCCGGCACCGCAGCCGCGGCCGGUGACGCCGGCGGCAGGUCCGCCGCCACAGCCGCGGUCGCGGACUACCCCCUGGACCUAUCCGGCUUGGAGAGCCUGUCCCUCGAGGGCGUGUGGGAAGCGCGGCGAAAGGGAACAGCGCCGCGCUCUUGGCGAAUGCAGCACGCCAACCCAUUUCCAUCGGGACUGGGACCGUCGCUUGCACGCGCGUCGUCGUCGCUGACCUCGCUCAGCCUGUCGCAUGUGACGUUUGGGGGUAGCAGCAGCGACGUGUUGCGACGGCUGACUGGGUUGGUUGAACUGAAUAUCACGAGUUGCGUCAACGCCGGAAGCGAUUUCGUCACGGUUCUGGCCCAGCUCACCCGCCUAACCCAUCUGGCUUAUGUAGAUGUGUAUAAUAGGAACCGUGUAGUCCACCAGUUGGCGGCGCUGUCCUCGCUCACCCGCCUCCGUAGCGCCAACUUUAGUCGCUACGACCUGGGCCGGGCGGAGGUUCUGGCCUGGGCCGCCUGGGGCCCCAGCCUGACUCGGCUGGUGAUGUCGUCCAAAUGGCAGGCGGCCUUGCAUGCCGUACCUCUCCUGCUGCCCAGCUUGACCUCCCUGGAGCAUUUGGACCUCUCACAUCACUGCUUGGACCGCCACAUGUGGCGAAUCAUCAGCGGCCGCAUGCCGCGACUGGCCUAUGCCCGAUUCAGCUGGGUCAACCUGGCGGCGGUGGAUGCAAACUCAGAUGGCAGUUCUGACGACGAGGAGGUCGAGAGCGUGGAGGAGGAUUCAGGAGAGGAGGAAGGGGAAGGUGGUGGUGGUGGUCAAGGAGUUGAUGAAGGAGCAGCGGCAGUAGCAGGGGGCGAGCUGGCGCCCCUCGAGACCCUCCGAGUGCUGCGGCUGGAUGGGCCCUGGGAAGGGGACGAAUGCAGCAUAAACCUCCUGGCAUUGCUGCCCCAGCUUGAGGAACUUCGCAUUUUGGACGACCCGGCGGCCCUGGCGGCCAUUGCUGAAGACGACCCCGGCGUGUACGACAGGCUGGGAUGCUGGACGAUCGCCGGCAGCAAGUUGCUGAAGGGGGGUGGGCAGCUUGACAGUGACGACGCCAUUGACGGCGGUGCCGAAUCGCUCCGACUGCUUUCUAUACCGUUAUCAUGGCUGCAGCACGUCCUUGUCGGAGCUGCCUUUCCCAAUCUUCGUACUCUGAAGGUGCACGCGGUACAGCCAGGCGAAGGCGACAGCGCUAGAGCGUUGCAGCGGGCGCACAGCCCACCAGCUCUGCUGGCGGAGGCACAGCUCCGCACAUCGUGGCGGGCCCUGGCGCGCCCCGGCGGCGGAGGCUCUGCCGCCGCUGCCGCCGCCGUCUGGGCGCCCAAUCUCACAGAGCUGGAGGUUCCGCGCGACCUUGACGCGGUGGCGCUGGCGCCGCUAUGCCAUGGUGUACGGCACCUGCGCAUCUCGCAGUCGUACGGCGAUGGCCUGCUGACGUUGAUGGAGGUCGCCGUUGGUCCGGACCGACCGUUGCCACGGCUCCAGGAGGUGACGCUGGCAGGCAGCCUGCGGAGUGGCAUCAUGGAGGCGGAGGUCUACCUUCGCGCGCUGCUGCAGGUCUUGGCGGAGCGUGGUGUCCGCCGUGUGCAUGUGACCCUGGCCGUCGCCAUCACCGUUGCCGGCGAGCGGAGGGCACGGAGUCGCCGAUUCAUGAAGGUGGCGGUCUCUUGGCGUGGCGUGGCCUUGCGCAUUGCGCAGUGGCACCUAAUAUGGACAGUGACGGGUUGGUCCCGCAUUUUUUCCUUGGAGGACUCUCUGACAAGAUGGGAUGGUCAGAACCUGUAUUACUGCAGCAGCGUGCCAUGCGCGCCUGUGUGCGCCGUACUGUUUUAA